AUGGAUAGAACCAGUACGGAUUCAUCCUACAGAGUAUCCAAAUCCACUCGUAAUAAUAAUAGAGGUAGUUUGACUUCUCGCGCUUGUGAUGCGUGUGCUAUAAGAAAGAUUAAAUGUGAAUCUACAAGACCUUGUAAACGUUGUGUGGAUACAAACUUACCUUGUACGACAAAUAGAGAAAUCAAGAAACUGGGUCCCAAAAACUUACAUAAGCGUACAAUAGAGACAAUUCAACAUACCUCAACAAAUGUGGAUGUUCCUUCAAAUGAAGAACAAGUCGCUAUAAACCUGGAAAAGUUAACUCCAGAAAAUGUCGUCCAAUUGUUACAGUUACUUGAUGGAGAUGAUAAAGGAUCGUUUAUUGAUUUAUUAUCACCUUUAUCAAUAUCACUGUUACUAUUUGAUGCUAGUAAACUAAUGAUGUUUAUAAGGGAAAAUUAUAAAGAUGCCAUGAAUGAAGAAAUGAAAUGUGAUUGCUUAGAUAUCACAUAUGCUUCCAAAAUAUUAGUAAUACUAACUAUGGCCCUAUUAUUACUAGAAAAUUAUAGGAAGUUGAAAUUAGUGGGUAUGAAUUUAAAUCAAGAACCUCAAUUUCCAAAGCAUUUGAAACUUUUACUUGAAGUGAAAACAAUUGAUUUAUUAUCUGUUAUAGAGAAAAAGGUACUAUUAUUUCUUAAUGUUAGCUCCCGAAAGUAUCAGAUAUAUUACAACCUUUCUGUUUGCACGUUGCAUUUAUACAAUUACAUUCAAUUGAUAAUGAUGAGCAGUCAAUCACGAUCUCAAUUUCAAAGUCAACAGAAAUUAUUCUAUUUAAGAAGAGCUUUAACUUACUAUCAAGUGAUAAACAUUCCAAGAAAAAAUUCCAUUCAAACGAUUCAAUUAUUUGAAUUGUAUCAAAAUUUGUUUAUUCUGGAACGAUUCCAUCUUAUGUUUACUGAUAAUUUGACUUAUAAUAAUAAUUGUAACUAUUUGUUGAUGACAUCAAGAUUUGAUUCCCAAAACCGCAAAAAUUCCUUUUAUGAAUUACCAUAUCGAUUAUUUAAUGUUUUAAACUCGGAAAACAUGUUUUAUAACAUUGAAGUACUUAAUGAUAGUUCAUUUAGUAAUGAACCCAAGUACGUUGAUAAAUUGGAUACCAAUUAUUUAAUCAAAUAUGAAUUGGUUAAAUCAUUAUUAAUUAAUGAGGUCAUUCACAAUAAUCAAUCAAGAGAACUUCCAAUAGUUUCAACAAGUCCUUCUUCCCAAUUAUUUGAAAGGAUCUUAUGUCAUGCCAUUACGUUUAAAGUGUUAUUAAUGUAUAAAGAUCAUAUCUCUAUUGCUGUCAUUUGGAAGGAAUUGCAAUAUAUUCUAUUUAAUAUUCAUGAUUUGAUAUAUGAAGCGUCAUCUCAAGUGAAUAUGCAUAUAUUGGAGGUUUAUUUGUCAAAUUACCAGCUUCCUUUAACUCUAUUGUUCUUCUUAGAGGUUAUGGCUACUUUCCCCCUGGAGAAUCUUGCAACCAAUCCCAAAUACAAGGAUAAGUUAUUAGGAUUAGUGAGAUUCGUACAAGGCAUUUCUGGGUUCAUUUAUAACAUUCAAAAAUUACUUGACAAUCAUCCCAAACUCAAAGAUUUAUUUAUUUCAGCCGAGACAGAUAAACUGAAACAAUCAACCACAUUAUUGGAUAAUCUAGAUGCAAUAUCUAUGAGCGCAUUUUUGUCAUCAUCGUCAUCAUCUUCCUCAACGUCUACAUCCAAUGAUAUAUCACCAGAACCUCCUGCUAGUCUUAAUGAAGAAGGAGGAAAAGACUUUGAACUUGAAGGAACUGAAGAAUUCACAUUACCUGAGACUGAAAUACCUGCAAAUUCGAAUAUAACGUCUUUCCCAGUUUCAUUACCCCCAUUCAUGCCAAUGGAACCACUUCCAAUGCAAGUCCAGCAACAAGUAUUACAUGAUGCUCUUCAAGCUACGCCUGGAGGCCAGUACUUUGAUUUAGGCAUUCUCUCCACACCGGCAGUUUUGGCGGAUUUGAAACGAGAAGAAGAAGAUAAUGUAAUGGAAUUGCCAGUGAUGAAUGGAGGCGCUAAUAGUAAUUUAUCAGGUACAUUUCAAACCCAGGGUAAUAAUAAUGGAAGUUCUGGUAGUGUAAGCGAAGACAUGGCUAUUCAUUUGAGUGAGAGUACCAAAAACUUAUUAGGGUAUUUGAAUACCCAUGCUGGUGCCAAUACAACGUUAGCUAGUGUUACUACCGGAGUUAAUGAAUCCGCCGCCGCUGAUGCUGCCACUGUUGAUUCCCACAAGUUUUGUUAA